AUGUGCUCACAAUUUCACACUCCUCUUCCAGCAGGACGGGCUCCAUUUAAUGUAGCAACUCAGAUUUGCAACUCUUGCAAGAAUGCUUCUGUUACUGAUUUUCUGCUGUCAACUACGACUUGCCCACCGUCGCAUUACAUUCUUGGACCGAAGCUAUUUAUUCAAGUUUCUACUACGAAAAAGAUAUCUUCCGGUCCUGAUGAUGCCGAAGAGUACGCCGCUGAAGUUAGUAAUAUUUUACCAUUCGCUGAUCAUGAUCUCUACAAUAAUCUCAUAGGCGAGGCGAAAUCCUUGAAUCCGCAUGGCAACGCUAUUUUCGAAGUGCAUUGCACAUAUUCGCUGUCAGAUUCUGUACUCGUGUUUGUUGUCACAGGUGUACUUGUUCGUCUUGUCUGCCUACCUCGUGACGUCUCGGUCUCUCCAUCGCUAUCUAAUGUUCUGUCGUUCACGAAUCUUCAACGAUAUAAUGAUGCUAGACGUUUCUCAUGGGGAACUGUACGAGAGGCUAUACGGUUCAAGCCUACUGUUGCUCCCACUGUGAGCUUGAAAAUACUCAAUCUGAAGCCACCAACUACGGAUUAUGGCGAGAAUACUGUGUCGAAAAAUCGUCUUCGCCUUAACACAUUUGUGGGUAAAAUUCGUCGUCGCCAGCAUGAGAAGGAAUUCGUCAGUCACGUUGUCUUCGAGCGACAUUUGAGUACAUCAAUCGGUCUAUUGGACUCAACAACGGCUUGCAACAGCAACGCGAUUGCCGGCAUUCAUCUUUCACCUAGUCUGAGCAACACUUUGCUCACCAGGGAACGCAAUGAGAACAUGAGAAUCUUGACCAGGUGGAGUGACGUAUUCAUCAGAGAAGAUCUGACCAACACCAUAAAAGAUCCGCAAUCAGUGGAUGGUUUUCUUACAAACGCUCUGGAUGAGAGAAUUUCUAUGGCCAGAUGUGUUGCCACGGUUGGUGGCGCAGGCAGUCCUACCAGUGGCAGCGUUUCUAGUGGCUACAAUUCCGGCCCGGCACUCUCCUGUCUACGAAUAGCGAGUCCACAGUUUAGUGUCUCCAGAGAACACGCACAUAUGAUCAUAUUAAUGAGUUGUGACGUGAAUUGUUACGAGUAA